UAAUAAGACAGGUGACUUCAGCUUCCUUGUUCUGAAGUGUCUUCCUGAUCCUGAGGCCUCCACACUGAUCAGUACUGACCCAGUCAGAUGGCGAGUGGACAGCUGUCGAGGGCGGAGGCGUUGGCGUGCUCCGACUGCUUGCAUGCGUGCCACGUGAUGCUCUACUCUGACACACAACGUCAGCUGUUUGGGAAAAUUCCCAUCAGACAUAUCAUACUGAUGCAGAUGCGCUUUGAUGGCCUGCUAGGUUUCCCUGGAGGGCUGGUUAACCCCUCGGAGGAGACCCUGGAGGCAGGCCUUACCAGGGAGUUGUCAGAGGAGCUGGGCGUACCUCUUCCUAUAUCGGUGGAAGACCAUGUGGACUCUCGUCAUGCCCCUCCUUCAUCCCCCUCCUCCUGCAGAUCGCCAUCCUCGCGUCUUAUCACUCACUUCUACGUGAAGAAGAUGGAGGAGGAGCAGAUUAGGGAGGUGGAGAGAGCUGCUGCAUCCACAGCAACAGAUCACGGACAUGAGGUUCUGGGAAUGGUCAGAGUCCCACUCUAUACCAUGAAACGCGGGGGGGGCCUCGGAUCCUUCUUGUCGCACUCCUUCAUCGGCAAUGCUCGCUCUCAGCUCAUUGACUCUCUGCUGCGCCUCAACCUGGUCACCCAUGAGGAGUUGCACGAAGCCCUCACGCACUCUCUGAAGAGACACUCACACACGGCAGGCGACCUGAAAGCGGCCCUCGCGCUGCCGUAGUCAAAGCGGAAACAACUUAACAACUUACCCGCACAUGCAUAUGAACAUCUUCUCGAGUGAACUUGUGGUUUCAGUUUGGCAAUCAACAAUGCAAUCAUUCACCCAAACACUUUAUCUAACACACACACACACACAACCUCAAACUCAUAGUGAUUCUGAGCUGGUGACUCAUAAUUUCCUGCUGUGCAUCAAAGACUUUGGGUAAGACAUUAUCAAGUCCUUUUAACAUAAAUGGAAAUAAAACAAUUCAGGCUGA